UCCUAUCGAAUAUUUUGAUAGCGACCAUGGAUCCUUCAGAUUUGGAACAGCUCAAUGUGCUACUCGAUGGAGACUCUGAAUUGCGCGAGAAAAUCAGAGAUCAAGUCACUGAAUUCGACAAGAAGGCGCGUACCAUGGUUGGCCUGCUCAACCGUAUCCAUGUUACUCCGUCUGACGCCAUGCCCGCAUUGCUGGAUUCCGUGCGACCUGCCCUUUUGAGCUGCAGGGACGUAGCGGAAGGACUCGCCGAUCUUAUCCCCCCGAACCAGUUCUGGCGAUGGAAGGACAUGUGGUCCAACUCGCUCAGAACAGCUGUCUUUGCUGCCGUUCUGGUCGAGUACUUGACGUCCAGGACCCUGGCUUCGUUAUCUCAAGUGUCUGACCAACUUGGUUUGAAGGAGGAGUGGAAAGAUAGAAUACAGUUGGCCGUUGAGGACUAUCUCCACGGCAUUAUCAGUGUCGUGAAUGAGCUGUCUCGGCUUGCGGUGAACGCGGUGACGCUAGGAAACUUCGAGGAACCUCUCAAAAUAUCUACAUUUGUGAAGGAUGUAUUUGUCGGAUUCUCCAUGCUAAACCUCAAAAACGAUUCAUUGCGACGUCGAUUUGAUAGUUUAAAAUACGAUCUCAAAAAGAUUGAAGAAGUCGUUUAUGACGUUUCUUUGCGGAAAUUGGCACCCGAAGGAGCUGUAGCCACCAACACUAGUUCGUGAGCUUUAGAGGCCAAGCGUGUAAGGUUUGCUGGAUAAUUAUUCUAUGAAAUA